AUGUCCAAAAUCAUUACCGUUGUCGGUGCCACAGGAACUCAAGGUGGUUCUGUCGUCUCAGCCCUCCAAAAGGACACGACAUACAAAAUCCGAGCCAUAACCCGGAACCCAACCAGCGACUUGGCCAAAUCGCUCCAAUCCAAGGGAAUUGAAGUCGUCCAAGCCGACGCCGAUGAUCUACCUUCACUGAUCCAGGCAUUCUCUGGUUCCCACGCCAUCUUCGCUGUCAGUGACUUCGUCGCCCCCUUCGCCGCCGGUGGCCCCGAUCACGCGGUAGAGGUCGAAUCCCAACAGGGCAUCAACCUAGCCAAGGCUGCGUCCGCAACGGCUACGCUGCAACAUUACGUGUGGUCGACACUUCCCAAUAGUAAGACCAUCAGCGGUGGACGGAUCGUGGUUCCGCAUUUUGAAUCUAAGAACCUGGUUGAUGACUAUAUUAAAUCUGAUGCCGAGUUACUGGCCAAGACGACCUUCUUCAUGCCUGGCUUCUAUGCGGACAAUUACUUAUUCCCUAUGUUGACUCCUAUUCCAGUUCCCGGUACCGGUGAUUAUAUGCAGUUGAAUUGCACGGGGCCGGAUAUUCCCAUUGCGACGGUGGGACAUGCCAAGAAUAAUAUCGGAUUGUUUGUAAGGGCGAUUCUGGAGAAUUCGGACAGAACACUACGAGGGAACGUGGUACUUGGGUCCACGGGAGUGAUCAGCCUGGGGGAAUUGUUGAAGACUUGGGGCAAAGUGAACGGGAAGCAGACGCAUUACGUGCAGACCAGCAGGGAGACGUAUGAUGCAUUGUGGCCGAACUGGGGAGAGGAAAUGGCUCUUAUGUUCGGGUACUUCGAGCUCAUGGGAAGCCAAGCAUGGACGGGAGCAGAAGGGGGGAACGUGUUGAAAAAGGAUGAUUUAGGUGUGGAGGAUUUGCUUGAUGCGGAAUCAUAUUUUAAGGAAGUCUUGCUCUGA